GUUGCGUCCCUUUGACAAGCGGUUUGACACUUUUUCGCGACAAAUAAAUCACAAUAAUGUCGCUUGUUGCAUACAAUUCCAGUGAUGAAAGUGGUGGCAGCGAUGCAGAAGAUCAUAUCCAAAUGAACGACGUGAAAAAUGACAAGUCUGUCUCACCAGCCAACGACAAUAUCAGCGACGAAGACGACUACGUCCCAGCUAAUACAUCAGGUCAAGUACAGUCUGUAGCAACAGCUGGGGUAGUCGACACGGACGACCAAGUUACAAGCUUGCUGAAAGGUUUGCCUGCACCGAAGGCUGGGGGACAGGACGAAGUACAAGAAGAUGAACUUGAGGAAGAGGUCAAACCGAAAAGUACCCAGAUAGCUGAUGCUCCCAAACCUCCAGGCAAGAAAGCCAAGAUGCCUGUCAAAAUCAGCAUCCCUAAACUUGAUCAUGAUUCAGAUGAAGAGGAACCGGUUCCAAAGAAAGCAAAAACCACUAACACAAAGGGAAAAGCUGGUCUGUUUGCCUUGUUGCCUGCGCCAAUUCAUGUUGCCAAGAAAGAAGCAAACCGAAUUCUCAUCCCACACACCCUCACCAAGAGGCCACAGAAGCCAGCACCAAAACCUCCACCUACAAAGCCCAAGCAAAAGGAGGUGGAAGAGGAGGAGGGUGAUGAGUCUGGUUUCUCUAAGCGAUAUACUGCCUUCAGUGGUUUAACGGGCUAUGAUUCAGAUAGUGAUGAUGAAACAACUGUGAAAUCAAACUUUUCUCAUUAGAUUCUGACUGUUAAACAGAAUUCUUCACAAGUGAUAGCAAAUCCAGACAUUGAGGAACCUGUUUCAAUUCCAAAACCACUUUUGAGUGACAGUGUUGUGAAAAUGUCUCCAAAACAGGAGAGUUCCUCAAGAACAGUAACUGCGCAUGCAGUGGAUGAAUCAGUGUUACCAGCAGUGGUGAGUCACAUCCCCCAGACAGAGACAGAUAGUGCAAGUGUUUCAUUGGAUACUCUAGAUCAGCCUGUAGAUCAGGACGCUCCCUUGUCCUUCAGACCGACUAUGCCGCAACAGAAUCUUCUCUCUGCUGCAUCCAUGGGGGCUCGUUAUCAGUACAUGCAUACUGCCGCAUCAACAACCCAGGAGCAGCAGUCAUACCCUGCAUACCCACAGUACUUGGAACCCUCCAUGUCGUAUGAAGAGGACAACAUGGUGCCACCUCAGGAGGAAUUCAGCAAGUACAUGCAAGAUGAGCAGUUCCUACGACUCCAAGGCAAGAAGCAUCGUGGGAAGGAGGAGAUCAACAUCAUUGAUGCCAACAUGGACGACUUUGUGAGCUCUGUUGAUGUUGCCAAGAACCUAACAGAAGAGUCUUCCUAUCAGUCUCACCAGAAGGACAACAAUCCCACCCAGCAGCAGCGCCGCAAGAAGCAGAUCACCUACCUGGCCUUCCAGGCCAAAGAAAGAGAGCUUGAGCUGAAAAACUCAUGGGCCCAGAGUCGGAUGACCAAGCGACAGACACAGGCCAAAUAUGGUUUCUGAGAGAAGACUUGCAAAUUGCUAUGCAUCACCACAGCACGGUGCCGUAGAUACCUGUAAAUAAUUCCCCAUGUGAACCUCUCAGCACAAAACACCUGGUAUAUUAGGAUACCUCUGAAGCUACAGAUCCUGCUCAUGUAAAUGUUAGAUGAUCAAAUUGUAAAUAAAUACAAUGAAAUUA